CUUCCGGCCUCAGGUAUAUAAGAUGUGUAACGCACGAGUCGCCUUCAGUCCCGGGUCUGUUAACUCUGCCGUGUGGUCGACAUGUUGAAGGUCGGACUAGUGGGCGUGCGGGGCGUGCUGGCUUGCCACUCAGCGAAGUUGGGGCAGCUUGGGUCGGGGUCAAGGAACCACGUCGGGGCUGGAGUUGGUCAGAAGUAUAACUACGAGCCUCCACAGCAACCCGGAUAUAACUACCUACCACCUGCACUACCCGCAAACCUUUAUGAGGUCCCUGCUGUUCCCUCAGGAUUGUACGAGACGCCCAUCGCCCCUCCACCACCCCCUCCUCCAUCAGGCCUUUACCAGUUACCUCAAGCUGAAGCUUCAGACCCUAAACCCGUCACCAGGAAGCCUCCCACCAGCACCACAACAACCACCACCACUACUACCACCACGGCCGCCCCAGCCAUGAUGGCCGGUAUGCCUUAUGACUUCGGCUGGGGAGUAAACGAUCCCAACUCCGGCAACCAGUUCUCACAGAAGGAGGAAUCUGAUGGCAACGUCGUAAGGGGGCAAUACAGUGUUCUCCUACCAGAUGGCCGCACCCAGAUUGUGAAGUAUUUUGACGACGGUAAUGGCUUCAAUGUGGAACUCUCCUACGAAUAGUGACGUCAACUCCCCUCGGCACAGAUUAACUCUGGCUGUAAUGUGCAAUACUUUAGGAAUAAGUCUGUAAUAUCCUCAAGCGUUUUUUUUUGUCAGUAAAAUCACAAGAGUCAUCCAUUACAUACUCUAUUCUCAUGUGAUAUCUAUUUAUUUUUUCCUAUCAUAUGAAUAUUACACAGGAAGAGUAGAGUGAUUUGCCUUCCCAGUGUUAGUUUCAUAAUGUGAUGGUGGUGGUUGAUGAGAGACAAGAAUCCCGCCUAUGUACAGUUUGCCUGCGUGAGUUACUUCAUUUACCUCUCUCUCUCUCUCUCUCUCUCUCUCUCUCUCUCUCUUUCCAGUUCAUUUUAGCUACGAAUUGUAACUUUCUGAGAGCGAGUGUAGUUUUAGCUGUGAUUUUCUUUCUAGUUAUCUGUCUGUCUGUUAGUUUAUUUAUCUCUGUCAGUAACUCUGUAUCUCUCCCAGUCACUAUCUCUGUUAUCUCUAUCUGUCUACAUACCUGUCUACUUCUUUAUCUAUCUGACUGCUAUUACCACUAGUAGACAGUCCUAGUGGAGAUCCUUCAGGCCUUGUGUAUUAUGGGUGUUUUUGUUGUGGUUUUAUACGACAAUUUUAUUAGUAAAUAUUAAUUAAAUA